AUGUCUAUUCCGUCUACUUCAAAACUUUUAACCGAAGCUGCAGGUGUUAAGAUUUAUAUGACAAAAGAUAGUGCAGCAAUUAAUACGACAUUUACAGGAAAAAUUUGUGUAAUAUUGGAAAAUAUAAAAAAAGCUAAAGCACUUGGUAAAUAUUGUGGGUUUCAUCUGACAAGAUCAAAAUGGGAUCCUUAUCCAUGGAUAAGCCAUGUUGAAGCCGGCAGUCUUGCCGAUAUAGCAGGACUUAGAGCUGGCGAUUGUUUAAUUAAUAUUGAUGGAAAGGACUUAAUAGGACUAAAAAUAAAGCAAAUAGCGACAUUAAUUCAACAUUGUCAAGAACGUAAUUUAAAAUUGUCUAUUUGGAGAUAUGUUGAAGGUGAAAAAGAGAAAGAAAUGGGUAUAGCUGUGAAAGGACCACUACCGGACGUGGCCAGCAAGCUUGCAAAUGCAGUAGCUGGGGUGAUACGAGUUUUAGAAUGCCCAGUGUGUCUGGAAUGUUCAUUACCUCCAGUCUCUCAAUGUGUUCACGGUCAUAUCAUCUGUGUUGGAUGUAGAUUAAGGACAUCUCGUUGUCCGAUUUGCAGAGUCAGACUAGGUCAAGGAAGAUGCUUGCUCGCGGAUAAACUUCAUAAAAUAUUUCGCGAUACUUUCAAUAUAAAACAAAAUUUAUGCAAUAAUAAUGAAUGUCACACGCGAAAUCUUCGAGAUCGGCUUUUUGGUGAAAGCAAAAAAAAAGAAUUAAUGCAAAUGAAAGAAAAAAAUAAUUGUACAUAUCCGAAAACGCGUCAAUUAUUAACUAAAUUAUUUCGUGGUGGAUUGGAAAAAGCUGCUUCAGCAGAUAACUUAACAGUAAAUUCCAAAGAAAAAUCAAACAUAAAUAUUACACCCACGAGUUUAAAUCUCGAUGAAUGUUUACAUUUGUAUGAUCGAACGAAAUCAGCAAGUACUGGAGAAUUAUCAAAAGAAACGAUGAAAGAUGUCGUUAAUAAUUAUUUACAAAUUAAUACAAGUACAACAAUGUCAAGUACUAAUAGUUUAAUGUCCAAUGUAUCAACCACAUCAGUUUGGGGAGGUUCUAUGGAUUCUGUGUCCUAUACUCAGAUAAUGUGUCCCCUUUCAAAGCAAAGUGGAUGUAAAUAUAUUAUUACAACUGAAGCAGUAUUAGAACAUUUAAAUGGAACUCAUGAAGUACCACAAAUUCAUUUUCAUUCUGUUUGUGCAAAACUUCCAAUACCUCUUCCAUUUGGUUCAGAAGCUGCUUACAUAUUGCACUGUGGUGAAGAUUUAUUUUUCUUUCAGUAUUUAGACGAAAUUGUUUGGAUCACUAGUACUGCAGGAGGAAAAAUGAAAUGGGAAUGGACUUUAUAUGGUCAGGGGCAAAAUGGUACUGAAAUAAAAAUGCGUAGAAUUGUUGCAAGUCUUCUAAAUCCCAUGAUGUUAUCAUCACAACAUAUUGCACCCCUGCCAAAUGCUUUGUUAUUGCACACAUUGGACAUUCAACUAAUAGAAUGUCACUCACAUGAACAGUUAGAAAUAUAA